UUGAGACAGUAUAGACGAUAGUAGAUUAUUUCUUCUUCACAUCAUUCUACUUGUCUCAGCGAAUAUUUAAUCAAAUCUUUCAACAGAUUAUUCAAACAAAUCAAUCGUAACAUUUUCUUAUUGAUGUUGGGCAAAUGGAUGUUGGAAAGUAAUGUUGGGAGGAAAAGCGAAAUGUCUGUGUUGAAAUUUUCGCUCACGGUUUUAGCGGUCGCAGGAUGCUGGCGACCAACAUCGUGGACAUCGCUGUUUAAGACCAUAAUGUAUAACACUUACUCAUUAUCAGUGAUUUUAACACUAUAUACAUUUGCAAUCACUCAAAUUAUGGAGCUUAUAUUAAACGCCGACGACGCUGAUGCAUUCGGCGACGCCUUAUUCAAUGUUAUAACUUCGCUUUUGGCAUGUUACAAAGCAAUUGUUAUACAAAAAAGUCAUGAGAGUAUUAUAACGUUAAUUAAUAACCUGGCCGAAACGCCAUUUAAACCGUUAGAUCUAAACGAAAAUAUGAUUCAAGAGAAAUUUAACAAAAGAAUAACGAAUAAUACAUUAUGUUAUCUAGUCCUCAUUCUCAUAACCAACUUGUACAUGAUUUUACUUUCGUUAUUCACGGAUUUCAAAAAUGGAACAUUAAUGUACAAAGCAUGGAUACCAUUUAACUACUCAAUGUCCGCGCUAUUCUAUCCCGUAUACAUUCAUCAGCUAAUCACUUUAAUGUUUAGCGGUCUCGUUCAUUCUACCUGUGACAGUAUUAUUUGUGGAUUGUUAUUACACAUUUGUUGCCAAAUUGAGAUUUUAGAAUAUCGUUUAUCAAACAUUAUGAAUGCUCGAGAAAACUUGCGCGAUUGCGUACAUCAUCAUAUACAUAUAUUUGAGUAAGUUCUCUUAAACCUAGUACG